AUGGCUGGUCUGUGCUUCCGAUGUGGUCAGUCAGGACAUCAGAUUGCAGAGUGUCCACAUAUGGGAUUUGAUCAGCGUUCUGAGUUCCGAUCUGAGGGCUUUGUCAGACCUGCCGGUUCAGCAGCAGGAAGACCGAGGACUGUUCCUCCAUGCCCUGAGGGAUUUGCUGCCAGAGGUGGUGGAUCUAGUUCUGGACCACGGAGACCACCUACGGUUCAGAGGGAGCAGAGUAGUUCUGUUGCUUCAGCUCCUGUUCCAGUUCAGCCCCAAGUCUACAGCUUGAGUCAGCAGGAGGCUCGUGAUGCUCCCGAUGUUGUGACAGGUACGGUUUAUAUUUCUGAUCAGUCUUGUCAUUUUUUGUUUGACUCUAGAGCGAGUCACUCUUUUGUGUUCGAGCGUUGUUUUGAGGCUUUACGUUUGGAUUCCAUUUUACUUCCGGUUUCGCUUUCUGUGAUUUUACCGGCUGGAAGUCCUUUGAUUGCUCGACAGUUUUGUUUUUGUGAGAUUGAGAUUUCUGGCAAGAAGUGGAAAUCGAGUUUGAUUCUGUUGCCGAUUUCUUCAUAUGAUGUGAUUCUGGGCAUGGAUUGA